AGAACCUCUCCAUCGCAGACAUUGAGAAACAAGACCCAUCGACAUGACAUCCAUCAGGAACCACGCAGAACAGCACAAUACCGCUGUCUACAAUGACUACAAGAAGGACAGGAAGGUCGGAGAGGGUGCCUAUGCCGUCGUAUAUCUCGGGACGCAACUGUCGACAAAAAAGACGGUUGCUAUCAAGAAGAUCAAGAUUGGACAGUUUAAGGAUGGCUUGGAUAUGAGUGCUAUCCGCGAAGUCAAAACUUUGCAGGAGCUGCGACACCCCAACGUGAUCGAGCUUAUGGAAGUGUAUUUCCAUAAGACAAACCUCAACCUCGUUCUCGAAUACCUGGAGUCAGACCUAGAAAUGAUCAUCAAGGACAAGAGCAUCGUGUUUAUGCCUGGGGAUGUCAAGCACUGGAUGCUAAUGACACUGCGAGGACUCGAUCAUUGCCACAGGAACUGGAUCCUUCAUAGGGAUAUGAAGCCAAACAACUUGCUUCUCGGCCGAGAUGGACAGCUCAAACUUGCCGAUUUCGGUCUUGCAAGGGACUUUGGAGAUCGCAAUCGACUAAUGACAGCACAGGUCGUUACAAGAUGGUACCGGGCACCAGAGUUGUUGUUCGGAGCCAGAGAAUACGGAUACGGAAUCGACAUUUGGGCCAUUGGAUGUAUUUUUGCUGAGCUCUUGCUUCGUAACCCGUACUUGCCUGGCAAUACCGAUAUGGAUCAGCUAGAUACCAUGUUUAGAGCUCUGGGAACACCCACAGAAGCAGAAUGGCCCGGCAUCAGCUCAUUAUCGAAUUAUGUGCAGUUCAAGCAGUACCCAAGGACACCUCUCAGGCUGCUAUUCACUGCUGCUGGGGCUGAUACCUUGGAACUGUUAGAGAGCAUGCUGAUCUAUGACCCCAACCGCCGGAUAUCUGCUCGCGAGGCCUUGCUCCACCCGUACUUCUACAACAAGCCAAGGCCAACCCCGCUGGAGAACUUGCCGAAACAUGUCCGUGAUACUCCAGAAGUUGCGAAGCAAAAGCGUAAAGCUGCAGCCCUCGGUGCGUGAAGAAAAAUAGAUGAUGAUCCAUGAAAAGGACGAAAAGGCCUAUGAUUUACAUUCAGAGGAUAGCAGGAAGAUUGCACGCGUCCUAGACUUUAGAGCUCUGUCGUAACUUUCAAAAUUAAAUAUGAGCGAGCGUACUUUGGUAAUUUAGAUAUGUGGCGAAGUAAAACGUGCCUUGUACGGCUCAAGGAGAUAUGCGUGGUGCUGAAGGGACAGUGUGAAGGCCUCGACAAGGUAUUUCCAUGGAGGAAAUGGCGAAGACAGAAACUACAUUCAAAUCUGCAGAUGAUGUUGUAUUCAAAAUACAUGCUCCUUGGAGGAUAAGCGUCAUCUCAGUGGUCGACCGA